AUGGCAGAGGCAGAGAACCUCCGCACGGUGCACGUGCCGGAUCUUCUGAAUGCCUCCAGCCAGGAGGACUUGUCGGUUCAGCUGCUGCGGGAUGCCUGCUGCGAGACCGGCUUCUUCCUGGUGACUGGCCAUUCCUUACCUCAGGAUUUGCUGGACAAGAUGUUCGCAAUGUCGAAGAACUUCUUCGAGCUGCCGGAGGAGGAAAAGCUCAGAUUCACCAGUUCCGAGAGGACGGGCUGGAGGGGGUUCAACCCUUACGGGAGCGGCCAGAACUGCUCCUUGGCGGUGAAGCGCCCGGAGCUCAAGGAGACCUUCUACUGCGGGGAGCCCCCGGCGGAAAGCGAAGGCCUGGCUGAGCCCUUGCCGGGCUUCUACUCCCAGCUCCGCUCCUUCCACGGCGCGCUCUUGGAGCUGAGCCGGGCUUUGCUCAGGGGCCUCUCCUUGGCCUUGGGCCUGGCGCCGGGGCACCUGGCGGACCUGGCCUUCACGGCGCCCGUGGCGAAGGUGCUCAUGGCGUUCUACCCGCCGGCGCACGAAGGCGACCUGUCCUGUGGCGCUCACACGGACUGCGGCUUCUUGACGUUGGUGUGCCAGGACUCCUCAGAGACUCAGGGCCUGCAGGUGAAAAAGCCAGAUGGCACCUGGCUGUCGGUGAAGACGGACAGGUAUACCCCGGUGGCCAACUUGGGUGACUUGGCGCAGCGGUGGACCAACGACCUCUUUCGCAGCUCCUGGCACCGUGUGCGCAACGUCUCGUCCUCCCCCCGCUUCAGCCUCGUGUUUUUCAACAACAUGGAUGAGGACGCGGAAGUGGAGUGCCUUCCCAGCUGCGAGUCGGCCGAGCGGCCAAAGAAGUACGCGAAGACCACGUGCGGGGAGUACGUGGCCUCAAAGAUGAGCCCUGCGCGGCUGCGGCUGGCGCUGACCAAGUUCUACGCCUCCCGCAAGAGUGACAAGCUCGGGAACUUGGACAAAAUCGUCGAGCGCUACGUGGAUGGCCGGGUGGUGGAGCUUUGGGCUUCUUUGGGCUCCAAGUACAACCUGCCCCCCAGCUCCGCUGUCCAGUGGCUCGCAUCCACCUUGGACAGCCGGGUGGCCGUGCAGUGGCCGGCCGAGGCCGUCCCGGAAGUGGCGCAGCGCGCGCUGGAUGAGUUGGGCGAGGAUCCGGAUGAGGCCUGCGUUGCCUCCUGCUUGCGCUCGGCCAUGAAGGACGGGGACCUGCGGGUCUCCGCGAUGGUGUUCAUCCACGGCUGCCCUGAGAGCCAGCGGCCUGCCUUGUGGCGCACCCUGCUGGGCCCUGGCAGGACGGCCGAAGACCAGCAGACCCUCCGCGAGAGGCGGGAGCCGCCAGCUCGGGAGUCGCAAGUUUCGUCCGUGGAUCGGUUUCGGGGGCCAGAGAUCCGGGGCUCUACCCAGUUGCAACCACCGGAUUCCGCCCUGUCCUUUCUUUUUGUUGCAGCGCCUGGCUUACGAGGAGUUGAAAGCAAGGAUGCUGUCCGAGAUGAAGUCGGAGGAGACCGGCGGGUGCCGGGCUGGGGGCGGUGUCAAGGGAGGAAGUCCAUUUCCUUGGCAGAUCCAAGCGCCAGCUUCAUAUCCGGCCGGGGCCCCAGUGGCCCAGCUUCUGAGGACUUCCAUUGGGUGCACGCGAAAUUCUGA